CAGGAUCUGUCAAAGCAGCAAACCACCAAACUCAGGAUCCUGACAGCAAACAAUCCCAAAUGGCAGCUAGGAGUCGGCCUAAAUCGACAUUCCGAACGGUACGGGAUAACGGAGUCAAACUUGGAGCUUUUCAAGAGUCAUCGAAGCUUUAUGCAGGUAUAACAGACGCUUUAGAUUCUCAGCGUCUGCGUAUUUUUGAUUCUCAAGAAGGAUCGCUUAAAACCGAAUAUGCUUUAGAAGAGAAUAAGCAUGUCAGUAGUAUCUGCUGGGAUCAAGCUACUGUGUACGAUGUUGAACCUAUAGAUACUUCUGUAGGUGCUUCUGGCCAUGUCGUACUCCUUGGUACCGAAGAAGGAGAAAUUUUAGUUUAUUCUGACGCUCUCGGUACAGUUACAAAAUCAUAUCAUUUCGGACAAUUGGGCAAGAUAACCAAAGUUGCUCUAUUGAAUUCGUUGGGAUUUGCCAUCGAUAACGUUGGAAAGGUGGUUCAGUUCAACGUUAACACUGGUUCCCCUAUUGAAACAUUGAAAAUCAACUGCUCUUCUAGAGAAUUCUCCGGCAUAUACCCUUCCCCUCGCAUUCCAAAUACUGCCAUCGUCACUUCACACAGCGUACAUUUAUUGGCACUUCCAGAUUCGAAUCCUGUCGAUACCUUGACUACACACACGACGCUUGUUCGAUCCGUCGUAUAUUCUUCCGUUGUAUCUUCAUCACAAGAUUUCAUCGUUUUCGCCACAGCUGCUGAACAGGACCGAUAUGUCAACCUAUUCAGCAAGCAAAUUUCCAAUGAGAAACUGGAGGAUGUUCCUUCUAAGAAUAUAGGAGCAUUGGUUUGUGAAAAUGACGUGCAAGAGCUUACAGUAUGUGAGAAGACCGAAGAAUCUUCUGAGAAGAAGGGUAGUAUUCUUGCAGCACUUUCGGUAGACGGUACUAUUGAAAUAUUCGAUAAUCCUUGGGAAUCGAAGCUUUCAUCUGGAUCUGGUGGACUUGCAUCUUUAUCUCGCAAGCGUAAAUUACUGACAAGCCAUUCCAAUCUCAAAAUACGUUUCUCUCGUUCCCGUGGUGGUGUUACUAUUGCCCUUGAAUCUAUUACGUUUGUCAAUGCAGGCACAAUAGUGGUAGCAUGGAGGGAGGGUACUCGUACCUUUUUUGAGAGUGUACCUUGGAAAAUUUUGUCUUCUCAAGCAACCGAUGGACUGUUAGAAUUGGUCCGUCCCAAAUCUCGAGAUGUCAGUAAAGUAGGAAAGCCAGUUGUUACGUACGAUGAAGCCAACGCUACUGUUACAACAGGCGUGAUGCAAAAACACGCUGCGGAUGUGGCAGAUCUUUCCGCUGAGGAAGAAACGCAAGUUGAGGAACAGGAACCUAGUCUUGCCGAACGCUUGCAAACACUCACCAAAUUAGAUCAACAAGCUCAAACUACUCCUUCGCAGGUAUCUGCUUCUACUUCACUAGCAACUGUGUUAACUCAGGCAUUGAAAACAAACGAUCAAUUUCUUCUUGAGUCUUGCUUCAAUAAUCAAAGUUUGGAAAUUAUAGAGAACACUGUUCGUCGUUUAGACCCCGCUUUGGCUCCGGCCUUACUAGAUAAAGUGGCUGAUCGGCUAGCUCGUCGUCCCUUGAGAGCAGACACCUUCUUGACUUGGAUUCGCUGUGCUCUAAUUUUCCAUGGCGGUCAUUUAAGCUUAAUUCGCGAUCUGAAAGAUCAGUUAGCUACUCUUCGUUCAGUAUUGGAAACUAGAGGUUCCAAAUAUACAAGCAUGCUUGCGUUACAAGGAAGAUUAGAUAUGGUAUUUUCUCAGAUUGCUUUGCGAAAAGCUGGCGGCUCAAAGGAUAAUGCUGAGAACGACGAGCCUAUUACUGUAUAUUACGAUGGCUUUGAGGAGGAUGAAGAUGAUGAUAUGGAAGAAGAUGAAGAAGAUGAAGACGAUGAGGACUUGGAUUCCGAUGAUGAGGACAUUUCAGAAAAUUUCUCCGAAAACGAAGGCGAUAUUGCAAAUGGUGAGGUACAUUCAGACGAAGAUUAUGACCAAGAACUGCACGAGGAGGACGUUCAACAUGAUUCUUCAGAUGAAGAAAACUCUGAAUAAUCCCAGGAUUUAGAGCAGGGAAUAGACUUGGGAUGUUCUAUAAAAAUUAGAACAUAAUCUUACUACUAAAGGAAGAAACCGAAUUUGGUCGGUUUCAUAAAUGAUUUUAAUUAAAUCAUGGGUGAGGUUUUAUAUUGGUUUUGGAUUUGCGUUAACUUAAUAUAUAUUGAAUUGUGUUUUGAUAGAAGACCGAAACGUCUACUGUGGAAAAAUGAAGGUUUUGUUUUGGUAUAUGGUAGACUAGUAGAAGU